GUGCGAGCACACGUUGGCUCAGAAGACACGAGGCCACCAGGAUCAUACAUACACUGUUCUACUAUACAAACCCGUUAUUUAUUCGUAUGUGGGUUACUUGGACAAUAUGAAAGGAUCUAUGAAAUGUUUGUGCCUGUUGGUAACAUGUUUUGUUAUUACUGUGCAAGGACUUGCUUCCGAGAGAGACAAACGGUCCAGGAGGAGGCCAAUAAACCUUGUUCAUGAUUUUGAUGUUGAGGGAUUUCUCAAGGACUUUGGUUACAUGGAUAAUAUCCCGGCAGGAAUUGUUGGAGAUGAGCUGCGAUCAGUAUUUGACAGAGAUUUGCAGAUUAAAGAUGCAGUCAAAGACUUUCAGUAUUUCUAUGGUUUGAAGGAGACUGGUGAAGUUGACCAUAAGACGAUGCGCAUGAUGAAGUUACCGAGAUGCGGUGUGCCAGACAAGGAACGAAAUGAUGACAUACGCAAGAAAAGGUCCGCUUUUCGAUACACACAUCUAGGAUCAAAAUGGUCAAAUCCUCGACUCACUUGGAAGUUGACGAAACCUACCUACAAGCUGAGAACUGACGACCAGAAAAGGACGAUACGGGAAGCGUUUAAGAUAUGGGAAAAUGUGGCGCCUCUGAGAAUCACGGAAACAACAGGAAACCCUGAUAUGGAGAUUUUCUUUGCUAGCGGUGAACACGGAGACGGCAGGGGUAACGCCUUUGAUGGAAGAAGUCGAGUCCUCGCCCAUGCUUUUGGUCCAGGCAAAGCCAAGAUCUCAGGCGAUGCCCAUUUUGACAACGAUGAGGACUGGACACUGAAAUCAGACCACGGGUCAGAUAUGUUGGUCGUAGCUGCGCACGAGUUUGGUCAUUCACUGGGUCUCGGACAUUCUCGCGACCAGGGGGCGCUCAUGUUCCCCGCCUAUAGGGGCCAGGAUGCAUUGACCCUCGGACAAGAUGACAUCAGAGCAAUUCAGAUUCUUUACGGUUCCCGACCUGGAUAUACCGUGAAUCCCAGACGGACCCGCCCUACGCCAGCCACUCGUUCACCACCCCGUACCCGCUUCCCACCACGCACCCGUGCCCCCUACCGUCCACCGACAACUCCCACUCCUACCACGACGACCACACCAUCACCGCCCUGCACUGUAGAUUUCGACUCCGUCGUGGCCGGACCCGAGCGUUUUUACUACGCCUUCAAGGAAGGGUCUGUGUUCAAGUUCAACGACGGGGGCAUGGAGGAAGGCUACCCCAAACGUGUCCACGAGGUGUUCCAGGGAGCCCCGGCAGAGAUUGACAUCGCCUUCUCUGUAGCUAGAACAUCGAAAAUCUACCUCAUUAAAGACAAGCAAGUAUGGCGAUACACAGACCUCACCCUUGACGAAGGGUUUCCUUUUGAGUUCAGACGGGAUCAUUUCCCCGAAGCUCCCCGCUUCACUAUGUCCCUCAUAGACGACAGAGGGAAGGCGAGGGUCAUUAUGUUUGGGACGACAAAAUGGUGGUUCUACAAUUUCGAUACAGUUCAGAGCUCCCGACCCCUGCCCUACCAAAUCUCGACCAACUGGCGCGGAGUUCCCCGAGAUGUCCAGUAUUCGGUCAGGUGGACGGAUAACAACUACUACCUUAUCACGUCCAAUGGUCACGUGAUAUUUGACCACAACAGACGCGUUGCCUCGCGGAGGGGGCUGGUCAGUGGGAUACCGCCAUGGAUGGAGAACACAUGCAAUGCUAUCAUGGCGAGUCCUAGCGCCAGCGGACAUUUGGGACCACUGGCACUCAUCACCAUAAUUACCAUGGCGACCAGUCAGCUGCUGAUGCGAUGAUGACGUCACAAGAUACAAAAUAUAGUUUGUGAUUAUCAAGCUAAUAUUUUCGUGGUUCUAACAAAUGCCAAAUUACACUCAGGAACGGGAAUGUUGAAAUGAAUUUUGAAAAAGUCACUUUCCAAAUAGGUGGGAAAAACCUUAUUACAUCAUUUCCUAUUUGUUUUGGAUAAGAUGACAGUUCUUGCGUGACGUCAUGACUUACGCGAUGCUCAUCAGGUACAAAUCAGUGCACGUAGAUCGGUUGCCUUUGACUGUAUUCCUGGUUGCAUCGUUAAUCAUGAUGUGACAGAUAUGUUUUUCGAAAAUAUAUAUAUCAUUGGCGAUGACCUUUUGUCGCUGAUUCGGCCAGUAUUAGUCUUGUUAAGGCCAAUGUUUAAAUGUCAUACUUAGAAUGAAAUAACAAGUUAUUUCAACUCCAAGUCUUUUUAAGGUAAACUGACAUCUUCAGUGUGACAUCACAGCAUAAUUAAUGCGUAGAUGUUUGCAACGUUUACAAACAAUUUAAUUCUUUAAAAUUAUAUUUCAUAAUCUGUUAUCUCUUGAAAUUAAUUAAUGAACAAGGAGUUAUCGCUGAAGUGUAUAUAUGAAUAUAUGGGAGUGUGUGUGAGUGUGUGUGUGUGUGUGUGUGUGUUAUUAUAUGACUAUUAUGAGGAUCUGUGAAUUUUCUUUAUGACGAAACGUGAGUCACCUGUGUUCUGUAUGAACAAAAACAAGUGUGUGUUGCAUAUUUAUUGUUUUUGAACUUAUACGUACAUGUUGCUAUAAACAUCUCCAAUGUAUCGGACUACUGUGUAGCUUCAGUAUUUAUUUAAUUGUAAUAUGUUUUGGUCCAUCUAAGUUUCUUGAACGAAAUCCAAAGCCACCCACGCAUGCACCUUUUGUCUGAAUGUUUGCUCAUCCAGCUUAACCCACCCGACUUAAUGCAACGUGUGACGUCAACAUUCCAUAUACACCAACAAACUGUGAUAUUAACUGUGUAUGUAACAAAUGACACUCCAUUCAGAUUGAAGACUAACUCACUUUAUACAUACCACAUACGUAUAUAUUUACUAACUGUUGAGAACCGCAAUAUGCGCGGGACCAUGACGUCGUAAAGGUAUUAUGUUCAAAAUAUGUUGAUGCAAAAUGUUGUAAA